GCGAUGAUACCGAUUUUUGCGGUCCCAACAUUGGCGGUGAUUGCCGCACAGACGGUGUUAUGUACUAUAAUUAUAUUUGUUGCAACACCGAUAUUGGUGUAUUAUUUGCAUCACAAUUUUCUGAGAGAUCUUACCAGAGGAAAAUUUGGUGUUUAUUGUCUGCGUGGUGGGCGGUAUAUGGUGUGGCUAUAUGACUAGACUAAAUGCGGAUUCUGCUACUCAGGAAAGUACUUUAUCCCAUGGCUUAGAGCUUGGAGAAGGAAGCGGAGAGCUUUGCAUUACGUGUAGGAGAAGAGCACCUCCUAAAGCUCAUCAUUGUAGAAUGUGUCAAACUUGUAUUCUUAAUAGGGAAUAUCAUUGCAAAUGGUUGGAUUGUUGUAUAGGUUCCAGCAACUUGAGAUGGUAUCUGGGAUGUUUAUUCUUCUCAGCUGUAGCUUUCAUCUAUGGUUCCAACUUAACUAUGACUAGCGUUUGCCAUCCUUUUAUACUUAUCGGCACUAUUCUUUUACCAGAUGAUUGCAGCGAUGUGUAUCAUCAACUGGACAUUGCCCUUUGCUUCAUCUCUGCUCUCUACAGCUUGCUUGUUGGGCUAGUGGUAGUUUGUUAUUUAAUAUAUCAUCUUUGGUUAAUUUACCUUGGUACAACAUCGAACGAACGACGCCUUCUCGAAGCUGGAAGCCAAUAUGACCAUGGGAUGUUGAAAAAUGUAUCCCGAUUAUUUUGCUGCAAAACUUAGAUAUUAAUGUAGACUAGAUUAUUGAAUUUACUUUGUAUGGAAGAUGAUACUUUGCUCUGUACAAAGGAUGUUAGAAAAAAUCCGUCAUAGCGGUACGUGAAACAGAACGCACAUGUUAAUAUUAGUUCAACCGCACCUACUACUGCUACUAAUAGAAUUUUAAUGCUCAUUUUUAUCUAUUCAUUUUUAAUUUUUUUGCAACAGUCAGGUACUUAAUACUCUUAAGAUAUCGAUGAUAUUAAGCUUAAUAAAAACAUAUCAUGAUAUGAACGCGCUGACUUUCGUUAAAGUCUUAAUUAUUUAUAUUUCACUAUUGUGCACAUCUUUUGUAUAUUUAUUGUAACUGUGAUAAAGUGGCCAUUGUACAACUAACAUAAUAAAUUGUAUCGAUCAAAUACAUUAUAUAGUAUAUCUAAGAUUUAAACAUAAAUUAAUUAAGCAUGAUAAAUGUUAAAAUUUUUUUUUUAAUACAAAACAAUGCGAUAAUAAUAACAUUCUUUGUAUUCUAUUUUCAGUAUCACGAAUUAACUUUAAUCUUCUAAUGCUACACCCCUCUGUUUAGGAUCAAAGUCAGGAAUCACUUUCUGUACUAAUUGUCGUAAUUCCUCUUUUCUUUUCUCGCUUUCUCUAAUAUCCGCCGCGAUCGUGAUAUAUUUCUUCCAAACGAUGAAGUAUCUUGCUUUCAAUUGAUUUUCAUUAUGUCUAUAAGCUAUCUCGUUUUUCUCCUCCUCUUCCGUUUUAAGUUCAAGAAUCCUUACUUGCCAUAAUUUAAAGUACUUCUCUGAAAGUUUCAUGUCAUGGAAGUCUGUUGCAACCUGAUGCUUCAGGUUUGUUUCUUUGACCACGUCCUUCCAUUCUUCGAACAUCCUUGCGAUUAGAUUUUUAUUAUAAACCGUUUCAGCGAUUUCAAUCUUAAUCGUAUAUUGAGUUUCAGUUUCUCUUUUCCAAGCUGUAAAUAUCUUCCUUAUCAAUCGUUCUCGAUAAUGAUCCUCAGCUUUUUUCAUAUUUUUCCUUUUUAAUUCUACGAGUUCCAUCAACGGUUCUAUCGCAAAGCGUCUCGACAAACACUUUCUGUAAAACUCAUCUGCUAUGUCGUUUAAUUUCUGAAAUCUUUCGAUUUCACGUAGCCGAUGUUCUUCGCGCUCUUUCCUUAAUCUUCUCUCCUCGGCUAAUGCCUGUUAACAAAAGCAAGGAAAAAAUGCAUGGUGUCAUCUUUUUAAAGAGGUAUCGUCUCGUAAUCGUGUAAAAAAUAUAUACAAUUAAAACGAUAACGAAACUUUACGAGGUGAAAUUAAUGCUUUAUGACACUUGGUACGACAUUAAUACACUUUGACCUCACGUAUUAUCUGACCUCUCGUUGCAAUCUUCUCUUCGUCUGUUCCUCCUUCAUUCUGGUAGCUUCUUCCUUUCUUCUCUGCUCCUCCACUCUCUUCCUGCGCUCUUCUUCCGCCAGUUUAACUCUUUUCCGUCUGUCCUCUGCUCGAGCUUCCAUUCUUAACAGAAAUUUUGGCGGAACCGGUGGUGGUCGAGGUGCCGUUAAACUUUCAUCUCUAUGUUUUUCAAAUUCAUCUAAUUAAUUAACCAAAGGAAUUGUAGAUGGUUUUUGAGGUUUAAUUAUUUUACCUGUAGCCCGAUUGGUGCAUCAAAUGAAUCAAAGUUCUUCUUGUCCUUUGACCCAGGUGCGUGAGAGUUUCUUUCGCCAUGUCCACUGUCUCCUUGCUCGCUCUAGCUAUCUCCUCUUGCAUCUGUUUCAAUUUCAACUCCUCGAUAAUCCUGUUCUGUUCGUUUAAUUUAGCCCUCUGCUUCUCUAUGAUCCGUUUCUGUGCAUUCAAUCGGUUUUGCGCUGGUGACUCCACGAUACCGUGUUUAGGGUGCAUGUUUUUCUUCUUCCAACGUACACCGUUCGUUUCUUUUAUAGCCACUUUACCAUCUCUGCUCUUUGGUAUACGAUUCUUCAUCAAUUCUCUUUGACGUUCUGUAAUAGCGUUUAUGAACAAUUCUAUCCUUCGUUCUUCGAGGAUCUCUUUUGGCUGCGGGUUUCUCAGUUCGAUGCUUUUCCUACACUUCGUACGUGUUCUCCAUAUAUCAAAAUACUUUCUUGUUAAUUUUGAGAUCAUAUUUUGUUGGAUCUUUGUUUUGACAUCGCGGAUACGUUGUUCUUCCGCAGCACUUUCUUUCAGCGCAUUGAAAUACUUUCUUAAAAUAUGUAAACGCUGUGCUUGCGACUCGAAAUUAGGUUUAUCUUUGAUGGUUACUUUUAUGCUUCCAAUACACGGUACUUCACAUUCCGUUUUCUUUUGAUUUCUGUCUUCUACGAUUUGUGUUAUCGUACUCUUCUUUCGAAUGCUGUCUGUACAUCUUUUGUUCUUCUCUGAUUUUUCGACACUACUUGUCUACAAAACGGUUUUUAAUGGAGAUCCAGUGUGAAUGAAUUGCAAAGAAUUAAUUCGUACAAACCUUGCUUCUUAUUUUUCUAAACGCUCCCCAAAAAUUUUCAUCAUCCGAUGGCGCCAAGUUUCUCUUCUUGCACGAGUAUGGUUUCGAAAACUUCGGCCGAGAUCUGCACAAUUCGGUUUCAAAUUUUUUUAAUUCUCUGUCGAAAAAUCGUUGUUGUUUUUUUAUAUGUAAUUCUCUCGCUUCCUCCUCCGUGAACAGCCUGUAAAGCAAUAAUAUUAUUAACUUAAUAUUCGGAGCAUUACUUUCGAAUUUCGUGCCCCUACUUCUUGGCUUCCGCUAAAAUGGAACGUUCAGCGGGUGGAACGUAAAAGUUCUCUCUGAGUGUUCGAUGUCUCUCAUCCAUUAUCACAUUUGGAUCAAGGAAUGUCCUUUUAUCGUCUUUCAACAGUUGAAGCUUCUCUAGUGGAUGGAAAAUGUCUACUUUCAUCAACUGGUCCAUUAGAUCAGCUGUUGCUUCGCUCAAGUGCACCAUGACGACUACAGAUGUAAUAAUUAAGUACUGGUUAUUAUUUUCUUUGUAGAGAAAAUAUAUAAAUGUAUAUUGCGCUGUUGUUGCCGACUUGUUGUGUCGUUGUUAAGGGAAGUUAUGAAAGUUAUCCCUCUAUGCACGCACGUGAACGUUCCAACCCCAUUCAUAAGACAGGGGGUGGAAGUAACUGAUGUCGAGCGAAGACAUUAUCGACUUUGCUAUGUACAUUACGAUAAAAAAAAA